CUUUUAAAAAGAAACUGACAUUAUUAUUAACCAACCAUUAAUAUUGGACCAAGCCUGACAGUUGGAGGUAGACUGGAGCGCUGCUAGACGAACAACGACCUGGAUGGUCAGUGGUGCCAGUGCUGAGCUCCCGCUGGCAAUCUUGUACAAUGGCCGCUAGCUCGCCUCCCUCCCACCAGCCCAGCAGCCCUCCAGUCUCCCUCGUGCGGUGCCACCCAGCACAGAGGCACACUGCCAGACUUGAUCCAACAGUGCAUUGUCGCUCACUGGUAUUUAUACCCCUACGUGUGUACAUAAGUGCAGACUAAUGGUUUUAACUACAGUUUUUUUAGGCAAUUUUGAAUUACACACUAUAUGGUUGUUACUUUCAAAUAAAAUAUGAAGAAAAAUAAAGAGAAUUUUGAAUGUUUUUUUCUUUUACAAAGAUGUAUCUUGAGCCGCAGUGCAUGCUGGGAAACACCUAACUGUAUGAAGUUGAUUAUUGGGAGCAGCAAACAUUUCCCCCCUUAUAAACAUCACGAUAACUAUUUAGAGUCUUUUGAUAUCACAUCAAAUCAAAAUGUCUAGACCCACAGCGAAGUGAACCAUCCGACCGAAGGAGGGAAAACUUCAGCUAGCUUGUUAGCUAGCGAACAUGAUUAUUGUGACGACACAGCUUAAUUAACCCAAUAAGUGACACACUAUAAAAAUGAUCGAAGCAGUCCGCUCUGAAAUCAAGCAAAUAAAUGAAAAGGUUUCACUUAGCGAAAAACCAGUAGAAAGGAGUGAAGAGUCAACGCAGAAGUGCACGAAUCGGGUUGCUGAGUUGGAUAGUUCUGGUCGUCGAUGGAACCUGCGGCUGUACGGACUUCCGGAGUCUGAGAGGGAAAACGUGCGGGAAAAGGUGAUCAACAUCUGUCAAGGAGUCCUGCCAGCCGAGAAAGGGAAGCUUCCAGAUGCCAUCGAUGUUGCUCAUCGCCUGGGGAGGAAACGCCAGGAGGAUGUCAGACCGAGAGGAGUUGUCAUCAGGGUUAUCUCCCGGCGCCUGAAGGAUGAGAUUUGGAGAGCGGCCAAAAAGAGCGAGUUUCUCCUGUCCAGAAUGACGCUUCAAGGAGGACCUCACUACGGAGGACAUGGAGAACCAACAGAAGCUGUGGCCGCCGAACAAGAAAACACGCGAGGAGGGAAAGGU